AUGGCUGGCGCUAUCGAAAAUGCCCGAAAAGAGCUGAAGAACCUUAACAUUGAUGACAUUGCUGAAAGUCAAUAUGGUUCCAUUUACUCCGUCUCCGGUCCCGUCGUUGUGGCCGAAAACAUGAUUGGUUCUGCCAUGUACGAACUUGUCAAGGUCGGCCACGAUAACCUUGUUGGUGAAGUCAUUAGAAUUGAUGGUGACAAGUGCACUAUCCAGGUCUACGAGGAAACCGCUGGUGUCACUGUCGGUGACCCCGUUCUCCGCACAGGUAAGCCCCUUUCGGUCGAGCUUGGUCCCGGUCUUAUGGAAACUAUUUACGACGGUAUCCAGCGUCCUCUCAAGGCUAUUCAGGAAAAGUCUCAGUCCAUUUAUAUCCCCCGCGGUAUUGACGCCCCAGCUCUCAGUAGAACCGUCAAGUACGACUUCACCCCAGCCAAGGACCUUAAGGUCGGCGACCACGUCACUGGCGGUGACAUUUUGGGUUCCGUCUUUGAAAACUCUCUCAUGUCCUCCCACCACAUCCUCCUCCCCCCCAAGGGCAAGGGUACCAUUACCUUCAUUGCUGCCCCAGGCUCCUACACUGUCGAGGAGAAGAUUGUCGAGGUUGAGUUUGCAGGAAACAAGUACGAGUACUCCAUGUUCCACACUUGGCCUGUCCGUGAGCCCCGUCCCGUCGCCACUAAGCUUUCCGCCAACUACCCUCUUCUCACUGGUCAGCGUGUCCUUGACGCUCUUUUCCCCGUCGUCCAGGGUGGUACCACCUGUAUUCCUGGUGCUUUUGGUUGUGGUAAGACUGUCAUUUCCCAGUCUCUUUCCAAGUACUCCAACUCAGACGUUAUUAUUUACGUUGGAUGUGGUGAACGUGGUAACGAAAUGGCUGAAGUCUUGAUGGAAUUCCCUGAACUCUUUACCGUUGUUGAUGGCCGCAAAGAACCCAUCAUGAAGCGUACCACCUUGGUCGCUAACACCUCAAACAUGCCUGUCGCUGCCCGUGAAGCUUCCAUUUACACUGGUAUCACCAUUGCCGAAUACUUCCGUGACCAGGGUAAGAAUGUUGCCAUGAUUGCUGACUCGUCUUCCAGAUGGGCCGAAGCUCUCCGUGAAAUUUCGGGUCGUCUCGGUGAAAUGCCUGCUGAUCAGGGUUUCCCCGCUUAUCUCGGUGCCAAGCUCGCCUCCUUCUACGAGCGUGCUGGUAAGGCCACUGCUCUUGGUAGCCCUGACCGUGAAGGUUCCGUUUCCAUUGUUGCUGCCGUCUCCCCCCCCGGUGGUGAUUUCUCGGAUCCCGUCACCAUGUCCACUCUUUCCAUUACCCAAGUCUUUUGGGGUCUUGACAAGAAGCUUGCCCAGAGAAAGCAUUUCCCCUCGGUCAAUACCUCUGUUUCUUACUCCAAGUACACCAACAUUUUGAACAAGUACUACGAGUCAAGCUACCCUGAGUUCCCCACUCUCCGUGACAAGGUUAAGGGUAUUCUCUCCAAUGCCGAGGAGCUCGAGCAGGUUGUCCAGCUGGUUGGUAAGUCUGCCCUUUCUGACUCGGACAAGAUUACUCUUGACGUUUCCAGUUUGAUUAAGGACGACUUUUUGCAGCAAAAUGGUUACUCGACAUAUGACGCCUUUUGCCCCAUUUGGAAGACCAAUGCCAUGCUCAAGGCCUUUGUCACCUACUUUGAAGAGGCCCAAAAGGCUGUUGCCACAGGCGCUCCUUGGGCUCGCAUUGCUGAGUCCACCGCCGACAUUAAGCACUCUGUCUCUUCGGCCAAGUUCUUUGAACCCAGCCGCGGUGAGGAAGAGCUCAAGGUUGAAUUCGACAAGCUCCAAAAUGACAUUGUUGAGAAGUUUGCCAAUGCUGCUGAGUAA